AGCGAGGCUGGGGUUGUCAUAGUUUCCAAAGAUGGCGGAAGGUGAAUGUGACGCUGUUUGCGACGACGAACAACGCCACGAACCUGCAUCGUCCAACGACGCGGGUUCUGAUGUCCGCAGCUCUGCUGAUGUCAAAGAUGAGCCGCCGAAGCACAAAGUCAAGGCAAUGAAGAAGAAGAAGAAAAUUCCCGGCGUCGUCUACUUGAGUUACAUACCGCCCAAGAUGAACGUCAAGACCGUGCGGAGCAUGCUGUCAAAGUACGGCGAACUGGGCCGUAUAUUCCUGCAGCCGGAAAAAGAUCAUGGGAAGGCACGAAACUUCGUCGAAGGUUGGGUCGAGUUCAUGGACAAAAAAGUGGCCAAGCGCGUCGCUGCCACUUUGAACGGCGUCCAGGUUGGUGGAAAACGACGUGCCGAGUAUUACUACAGCCUCUGGAGCAUCAAGUACCUGCACCGGUUCCGGUGGACGCAUCUGAACGAGCGGCUGGCAUACGAGAAAGCUGUCAGGGACCAGCGGCUGCGCACCGAGAUCGCGCAGGCCAAGCGCGAGUCCAACUUUUACAUAUCGGCCGUUCAGAAGAGCAAGCGCCUACGGCGGGAAGCCAGGGAAGGUGGUGAGGACGACGCAAGUUUACGGCAGUCGAUAGAUGUGAGACAGCGCGCUACCGACGAGGAGAUCGUCGCGAAGAGGGCAAAAAAGAGUGCCGAAGGCAUGUCAAAACCCGCCGCCGACCUGGGCCUGCUGAAAAACAUUUUUGUGAGUGGUGUGGCAACGGGCUCGGACGAUUCAGAGAACGAGCUUGAGACGUGACGCACAUUAAUAAACCUGUUGCGCGUA